UUAAAAAAAAAAGAAAAAAGAAAAUCCAUAAGCGCUUUAAUGAAUAUCAGACAAUUUUAAAAAAAAAAAAAUUCUCCAAUAAUUAAUCCAAAAACCUCCGUUUAUAAAACCAAUCACCAACACAUUGAAUUCUUGAUCAUCAGCAGUGUAGGCCAACUACCAUCUUUACCAAAUCUUCCUUUCUGCUCAAUCCAAAACUUAACUAUCAUCAAUGGCGUAAACCCAAAACUCCAAAGCUCUUGCGUGCCAGAAAACCCAUCAAAGAAAAAAUAAAAACCCACAUCAGCGGUUGUUUCUUUCGAUCACUGCAGUGGGUUUUGUGUGGUGGGGAGGUGAAGUGGAAGAAGAAGACAAAGCAGGGGUUAGAAGGUUCUAAAAUUAGAUGUUUACGAGGGGUGAUAACCAGAGGCGGAUUAACAAUCGUAAACCUGGGAAAGUCAAGGGAGCAUUUGUUCGAAGGAAUUUUGGAUUGCAUCAAUGAGAUCGCGUCGGUUCUUGCCUUCGCUAGGAUGAGUGACUCUGCUUACAGAGUGGAAACGACGUCGCGUCUAGCCCAAUGGAGGAUAGAAAAUCUUGCUUCCUGCACUUACCGCAAAUCCGAUCCUUUCAAGAUCGGAAAGUGGAACUGGCAUUUAUCGGUGGAGAAGAACAGAGUGUUAAGCAUUAAAUUAUACCCAGAAAUAUCAAAUAUAACAAGAGACAAUCCCCCAAUUGCAUCAUUUGUUAUUCGAGUAGUCUGUUCUGCUGGUGACCGGAAGGCUCUCACUCACCCAGAAAUAACAGAUAAGCAGUUGAAGAGCAACGAAGACUUUGUUUGGGCAAUUGAGGUCCCGUUAACAGGGAAAAUCAUCAUCGACGUUGAAUUCCUUGACUUGAAGACUACAUCUCCAGACGGGGGAGAACCUUGCUCCAUUUGGGCUGCAGGAUUUUCAGAAAAACGAUCAAAUGCAACAGCUCUUGCAUCCCUUGGUCGAAUGUUAACAGAAAGCAUUCAUACGGAUAUAGUAAUUAACGCCUCUGAUGGGAGCAUUGGAGCCCAUCGUGCCAUUCUUGCUGCAAGAUCACCUGUUUUCCGCAGCAUGUUUGCACAUGACCUGAAGGAGAAAGAAUUAUCAACUGUGAAUAUCUCCGACAUGUCAAUCGAAGCUUGCCAGGCACUCCUCGGUUACAUCUAUGGAAACAUUGAACAUGAAGACUUUCUUACCCACAGAUUGGCACUACUCCAAGCUGCUGAUAAGUAUGAUAUCUCUGACUUGAAAGAGGCAUGCCAUGACAGUCUUCUGGAAGAUAUUGAUACGAAAAAUGUACUGGAGAGACUCCAGAAUGCAUAUACAUAUCAAUUGCCGAAACUGAAGGCCAGCUGCAUGGGGUAUCUUGUGAGGUUUGGCAAAAUAUUUGACAUCGGUAAUGAUUUCAACGUCUUCUUGCAGUGUGCAGAUCGGGAUCUGAUAUCCGAAGUCUUCCAUGAAGUUCUCGGUGCCUGGAAAGGAUUCUGAAAAUGGUCUUAAACUGUUGUGGAAGGUGUGUUAAGCCAGUGCUGCUAUUUAUUGUGGCAAUGAAGAUGGCUUGUUAGAAAAAUUUAGGAUGGAGACAAACUUAUAUGAAGCUAAUUCUUUUGGCAAAUGCAAUUUGUUUAUGACCUAUAUGUACACAAUAUAUAUAUUGGUUUUCAUGUCAGAUACCACAUGUUACCCGUGUAACUAUAAAUACAAACAUGUGAAAUGUGAAUUCGUGGUUAUUUGGAAUGAAAUGAAGUGAUUAAACAUUA